GACGAAAAAAAAGUUCUCCGGCCUUAUGGCAGGGGGUGCUAGUGAUCCCGGGAUGCCUCAUGCGCCUGCCUACCUACCUGUAGAAGAAGAGAUCUCCACUGGGGAGCAGUCGUCCAUUUCUUUCGUUUUACAUUCGUUUCCCCCUCGUUUUUACAUUUCGUUUUACAAUGGACGAUUACAUAUUCGAAGGAUUUUCAACGAUGGAUUUUCGGUCGAAGCAGGAGGUCAUCGGUAAAGGAAGAGCAACUCCGGAGUUAAAAGGUGUGCUCCUCCUUACCCGGAGGAUUCAUGAAAGAAGCCAUGCCUGUGCUGACAGCAGGAGCAGGGCUCCACGAGACGUUGGCCUUGCUGACUUCGCAGCUGCGGCCCGACGCCAACCACAAGGAGGACAUGGUCUUCCUCAAAGACGUCUUCAGCGAGAGAAGCUUGGCGUACCUGAUGAAGAUCCACGAGAGGCUGAGACAGUAUGAGAGACAAUGUCCGAGUCCUGUCCUGCACAGCGUUUCCUCUCUUGCUGAAGACGUGACGGACGAGUUGCAGACUCGCCCGAUGAACGCGGAGGAACAAGAGCUGCUCCAUCUGCUCACGUCACCGCAUCUCAAAGCCCUCCUGUCCGUGCACGACACGGUAGCCCGGAAAAGUUUUGAUCCCGUCCUGCCGCCGCUGCCGGACGACUACGAUGACGAGCUGGAGGAGGAGUCGGUGAAGAUUGUGCGUCUGGUGAAGAACAAAGAGCCUCUGGGCGCCACCAUCAGGAGGGAUGACGCCAGCGGGGCGGUGAUUGUGGCCCGUAUCAUGAGAGGGGGUGCGGCCGACAGAAGUGGUUUGGUCCAUGUCGGAGACGAGCUCAGGGAAGUCAACGGCGUCUCGGUGGUCCACAAGAGGCCUGAUGAGAUCAGUCAGUUGCUGUCGCAGUCACAGGGCUCCAUCACGCUGAAGAUCAUCCCCGCCGUUAAAGAGGAAGACCGAUUGAGGGAGAGCAAGGUGUACUUGCGAGCCUUGUUCGACUACAUCCCAUUGGAGGACAAGGCCACGCCUUGCCAGGAGGCCGGAAUGCCCUUCAAACGGGGCGACAUCCUGCAGGUGGUGACCCAGGACGACCCCACUUGGUGGCAGGCCAAGCGAGUGGGCGACAGCAACCUGCGCGCUGGGCUCAUCCCGUCCAAACACUUCCAGGAGAGGCGAUUGGCCUACAGGAUGAAAGUGGGCACGCUGCCCCACCCCAAGUCGCCCAAAACGCCUUCCUAUGAUCAAGCGUGCGAUAAAGACGACUGUGAGUGUGAGGGCUAUUUCAACGGACAGUACAUAGCCGGUCUGCGCAGGAGCUUCCGCCUAAGUCGGAAAGACCGACAAGGCUCCUCAAGCGACGGCUCUGACCCGGGAGACUCUGAAUUCCUGACCUACGAGGAGGUGAGCCGCUACCAGCAGCGGCCCAACGAGAGGCCCCGGCUGGUGGUUCUGAUCGGUUCUCUGGGAGCACGGAUCAAUGAACUCAAGCAGCGAGUGAUCGCCGAGAACCCGCAUCGCUACGCGGUGGCCGUACCACAUACCACCAGGCCCAAGAAAGCGCACGAGAAGGAAGGUGUGGAGUAUCACUUUGUCACCAAGCAGCAAUUUGACGCUGAUGUCCUCCACAACAAGUUCAUCGAGCACGGCGAGUACAAGGAGAACCAGUACGGCACCAGUAUCGAGGCCGUCCGCUCCGUGCAGGCCAAGAACAAGAUGUGCAUCGUGGACGUUCAGCCCGAGGCCUUGAGACGGCUGCGGACGGCCGAGUUCAAGCCCUACGUGGUUUUUGUCAAACCGCGGGUUCCCGAAGGCAGACGGCGCCGCGCCGCCACCUCGCCGGGAGGGGCGGAGCAAGGGCGUGUUACGGACGAGGACCUCCAGGAGAUGCGCCAGUCCGCUCUCCAGAUGGAUCAACAGUAUGGACAUCUGGUGGAUCGGGUCCUAAUCAAAGAGGACUCUGCCAGCGCCUGCGCAGAACUGCAGAGUAUUUUGGAAAGACUAGAGCGCGAGUGCUUCUGGGUGCCUCUAAGCUGGCUUCGGACCUAAAAAUGCCUCCAAAGCGCCUGACUCUCAUUUCAACUUGAGGGUCUGCUGUGCCGUCCGUGCCAGCCGCAGGGGAGUGGAAAUUGCACAGAUGCCAUCCCAUCCCAUGCCAUGCCAUGCCAUGCCAUCCCAUCCCAUGCAAGGGCACAUUGAUCAGGUUUGCAUUCAAAAAGUGAUUCCUAUUUCAUGGCUGCUGCCUGGCAUGGUGAAGCACUCAGUCAUCUUGACCACGACUUCCGUUGGAGUCCACCUAGUAGCAUGUUUUCUAAUGAAUCCAGGUCACAGAAUGCUUCCCGGAGACUGAACAUCGGAUUAUUUUUCCACCAGAUUCGUUUCAAGGAACUGCAUGUCCACUUGCGCAUUUCAUGUCAAAGAUGUACAUCCUGGUGUGCCAACCAACGCAACCUGUUUACCUUGCCGUGCGUCCCAUGGAGCCUGCACCCGUUUGUUUGUAUGGAUGGGGGAAUAUUUUUGGGGCUUUAUAAUUCUAGUAGUUUGCUGAUGUUACCAAAAAUACCAAUGGUAAAUUGCAAUUAGAAAGUGAUGACUGCAUCGCAUCUUGUCCCCCAAAAAACAUUUAUUUUAAGAGUAUUUGGACGGACAUUACAUUGUGGCUGCUGCCUUGCAGGUUAGCAACAUUUUUAACCUUGUUAACCCGAUGAUUUGACGAUAUAAUGACGCUCAAGUCGUGAAGAUGCAAUAAAACCUGACGAUCACAAUUCUUCUUUUUCCUGGUAUGCUAAUUUGGUACAAGAGGCUAAUUUCAGAGCAAAUAUAACAUUUGUUUUGGUUUUCAAAUGCUUUACCAGGGCCCGUGUCAGCCUCAAAAUCAUUUGUAACGUGUAAACAUGUAAAAAGUGCCAUAAUCAAUAAAGCUAGUAAGGCUGA